AGGGUAGAAGCAUCUACUUCCGGUAGCCAGCCGGCUAACAGCAAGCUAACAACCGUUAGCCUUCGCGGCCUGGACGCUAGCAGUUAUCGGCUACUCUUAUUCAUCGCUUUAAAAAAAAAAGUUUCUAAUCAACAAACUGCCCUCCUUUCUCAUUAGUCCUUAUCUGUAAGUGAUACGCCGGUGGCUGAGUUAGUGUAUCGUUAUUUCGUGGCUGUGAGUGACUUUGACACACCGGUUGUCGACAUGUCGGCGGUCCAACGGAUGAAAGUGGCUAACGAGAAACACAGCAAGACCAUAACGCAGCGAGGACACGUCCAGAAAACCACGCGGGUGGUGAAUGAGGAGAAGUCUCCUGUUGGUCCCUGGUUACUGGCCCUCUUUGUCUUUGUGGUGUGUGGAUCAGCCAUCUUCCAGAUCAUCCAGAGUAUCAGGCAGGGGUUGUGAUGGUUGUCACCCAGAUCAGAGCCUCCUCCCCUGGGAGAACACCAACAGCCUCACCCCAUCCCUGCUCCAGCCACAGACAGACAUCCAGUGUUCUCCCUUUACUCAUACACCCCCCCCUCCUCUCUGUGUCGAGUUAAAACAUUUUAGGGUUCCCGAGUGGCGCAACGGUCUAAGGCACUGCAUCUCAGUGGUAGAGGUGUCACUACAGCCCCUGGUUUGAUCCCAGGCUGUAUCACAACUGGCCGUGAUCGGGAGUCCCAUAGGGCGGCGCACAAUUGGCCCAGCGUCGUCCGGGUUUGGGGAGGGUUUGGCCGUGGUAGGCCGUCAUUGUAAAUAAGAAUUUGUUCUUAACUGACUUGCCUAGUUAAAUAAAGGUAAAAUAAAAAAAUUAAACAUCAGCUGACACACAUCGUCCCCAUCUCUGUCAAGGUAAACAUCAGCAGGUUCUCCAUACUGUGAAUUAGAUCACCCCCUCUCUGUCAAGGUAAACAUCAGCAGGUUCUCCAUACUGUGAAUUAGAUCACCCCCUCUCUGUCAAGGUAAACAUCAGCAGGUUCUCCAUACUGUGAAUUAGAUCACCCCCUCUCUGUCAAGGUAAACAUCAGCAGGUUCUCCAUACUGUGAAUUAGAUCACCCCCUCUCUGUCAAGGUAAACAUCAGCAGGUUCUCCAUACUGUGAAUUAGAUCACCCCCUCUCUGUCAAGGUAAACAUCAGCAGGUUCUCCAUACUGUGAAUUAGAUCACCCCCUCUCUGUCAAGGUAAACAUCAGCAGGUUCUCCAUACUGUGAAUGUCUCCAGGACUUUCUUUUUUAACAUUGUAAUGUUGAAAUAUGAAAUUUCUUACGUAGUUCUUGAAAUAACCAUUUUUGUUUAUGGGUCUUAAUGUCGGUUCUCCUGUCUCAUCUGAGCUCUGUAACACUGAUCCCAGGUCAGUUUGGUAUUGGUCCCACUGUAGGUUACUGUUGGGGUGUGGGGAGGGAACCACUGCUCUAGGUUCAGUCUCAUCGUGGUAGUCCAGUAGACUGACUGACUGCUGUGACAUGAUCUGUCCUUGUUUUUGAUAUGAUCCCUCUGAUAAUCUCCCUUGUAUGAUCUGAUAUCUCCCUUGUAUGAUCUGAUAUCUCCCUUGUAUGAUCUGAUAUCUCCCUUGUAUGAUCUGAUAUCUCCCUUGUAUAUCUCCCUUGUAUGAUCUGAUAUCUCCCUUGUAUAUCUCCCUUGUAUGAUCUGAUAUCUCCCUUGUAUGAUCUGAUAUCUCCCUUGUAUGAUCUGAUAUCUCCCCUGUAUGAUCUGAUAUCUCCCCUGUAUGAUCUGAUAUCUCCCUUGUAUGAUCUGAUAUCUCCCUCAUCGCUCUGUUCCCUUAUCCUGCCAUCUCCCCUCUCCCAUCCCCCCUCUCCUGUGUGUGUGUGUGUGUGUCUGUAUCUAGGAAGUUUUCAGUCUGUUUUCACUGUCUUCAGUUGUCUUUUACACUGGCCGUUCUGUUACUGUGGUAUCUACGUGCUGAAUGGCCAGUGUGUGUGUGUGUGCGUGUGUGUGUGUGUGUGUGCGUGUGUGUGUGUGUGAAGCAGCACUCCCUAGAGGCAGACACCUCUCCUGAACACCCAGUGUGUGUGUGUGUGUGUGUGUGUGUGUGUGUGUGUGUGUGUGUGUGUGUGUGUGUGUGUGUGUGUGUGUGUGUGUGUGUGUGUGUGUGUGUGUGUGUGUGUGUGUGUGUGUGCGUGCGUGUGUGUGAAGCAGCACUCCCUAGAGGCAGACACCUCUCCUGAACACCCAGUGUGUGUGUGUGUGUGUGUGUGAAGCAGCACUCCCUAGAGGCAGACACCUCUCCUGAACACCCAGUGUGUGUGUGAAGCAGCACUCCCUAGAGGCAGACACCUCUCCUGAACACCCAGUGUGUGUGUGUGUGAAGCAGCACUCCCUAGAGGCAGACACCUGUCCUGAACACCCAGUGUGUGUGUGUGUGUGUGAAGCAGCACUCCCUAGAGGCAGACACCUCUCCUGAACACCCAGUGUGUGUGUGUGUGAAGCAGCACUCCCUAGAGGCAGACACCUCUCCUGAACACCCAGUGUGUGUGUGUGUGUGUGUGUGUGUGUGUGUGUGUGUGUGUGUGUGAAGCAGCACUCCCUAGAGGCAGACACCUCUCCUGAACACCCAGUGUGUGUGUGUGUGUGAAGCAGCACUCCCUAGAGGCAGACACCUCUCCUGAACACCCAGAGUGUGUGUGUGUGUGUGAAGCAGCACUCCCUAGAGGCAGACACCUCUCCUGAACACCCAGUGUGUGUGUGUGUGUGUGUGAAGCAGCACUCCCUAGAGGCAGACACCUCUCCUGAACACCCAGUGUGUGUGUGUGUGUGUGUGUGUGUGUGAAGCAGCACUCCCUAGAGGCAGACACCUCUCCUGAACACCCAGAGUGAACGUGUGUGUCAGUCCACCUCCCUCCUGUAAAACGCUAUGCAAAUGAGUUUUAUACAAAUAAAACAGAGGUUUUUUUUUUCCUCUAAAGAU